GCAGACUUUCCUUGACGGGAGUUCACCAGACGUCGCUGCUGCCGGUCUGACGCCCUCGGUGACCGGCAGCUUCCUGCAGCAGCUGCUCUCUCAUUCAAACACAUCCUUGCAGAUUAUAAACACUCCUUUUGUUUUAUGUCGCUGCUUUCCUUGCGUGGCACAAAGGGAUCGCUGUGGAAGCCAAGCAAUCUGGCUUAUUUGUGGCGGCGCCGGAUGAGUUUUAGUGGUGGACGUUUGAGCUCCUCCGAUGGAUCGACUCCCUCUUAACUCUUCCACCAGCUCUAGGCAAACACUCGCCAUGGUGACGCGUGACUCCAGUCCUGACAAGUCCAUAGAUAUGCAGAUUGCUUCCUGUCGGUGGUACUGUGGAAAGGCGCUUCCUGCUGUGUUGUUGCAGUGAAAAGAGAGCAACUCUGAGUACCGUCUGCUUUCCCUGCUCCUGCUUGGUCGUACAUAUUAAGGUGUGUCUGAAGUGACGCCAGCGGGCUGGCUGAGGCAGGACGACUUCAAUACAAUGUAGACACCAAACAGCAGUCAGCAGAAGAGUCUGAAGACCACGCUGACAGGAGGAGGGCCGGCCCAGAGGCGGACGGAGCGACAGCUGUUCUGAAACGACUCCGGCGGGAGAUAAGACGAGCGGAACAACUCGCGAGGGGACGAGAGCGACGCUGCGGACUGUGAAUCUUUGAUGUGAACCGUUGCAAAGAGUUGGCCCUGAACCCAAGGAGGAGGAUCGUAACCUCAGCUUGGCGGCGUUUGCGAGACAGGUAGCCCGCCCUCGCUUCUCGCCUCUCAGCACCCGUCGGUGACCCUGAGCGGCCGUCAGCCAUGUGCCAUGUCAUUGUCACCUGCCGCUCCAUGCUGUGGACUUUGCUGAGCAUCGUGGCCGCCUUCAGCGAGCUCAUCGCCUUCAUGAGCACCGACUGGCUGGUGGGGUUCCCCCGCACGCACGACUCCGUCUACCCCCACCUCGCCACGGCGGCCGGCGAGGCCUACAGGCCGACCCUGGGGAUCUACGGGCGCUGCAUAAAGCUGGCCCACAUGCAGCGGGGGAUCCUGUGCGGACCAUACGCCGUUCACUUCGGGGAGAUUGCCAGCGGGUUCUGGCAGGCCACCUCCAUCUUUCUGGCCGCGGGGAUCCUGCUGCUGUGCGCCGUGGCGUUCAUCUCCAUCUUCACCAUGUGCUUCCAGAGCAUCAUGAAGAAGAGCAUCUUCAAUGUGUGCGGACUGUUGCAAGGGAUCGCAGGUCUGUUCCUGAUUCUGGGUCUGAUGUUGUACCCUGCUGGCUGGGGUUCCGACAAGGUUCAGCUGUACUGCGGCCACGACGCCGCCCCGUACCGCGCCGGGCUCUGCUCCAUGGGCUGGGCCUUCUACACCGCCAUGGGGGGCACCGUCCUCACCUUCGUCUGCGCCGUCUUCUCGGCUCAGGCCGAGAUCGCCACGUCCAGCGACAAAGUCCAGGAGGAGAUCGAGGAGGGCAAGAGCCUGAUCUGCCUCCUGUGAGGGUUGCUUACCACUAAAAACCGACUCUUGUUUCAUCUCCAUCUUGCGUCGAUGUGGGAGAAAUCUGCAAGUGCCAAGUUUUAUUUUUAUUUUUAUUUUUUUUUUUUUUUUGCCGUCUUUGUCCCUGUGACACCAGGAGGUGCUGUGUUUGUUAUUGUAUUCAUGUCGUGGCUCUGCUGUUGCCACAUGUUCUGUAAAUAAAUGUGAUUAUAUGUAUUUUGUACAUAGCCAUGAUUGCAGAAUGAUGGUCGGCUUGUUCUUGGCAGGCCCGAUGACGUCACUCUUGCCACUGUUAAAAGAAAGAAAGAAAAAAGAAAUUGUAACCUGGUGAUUUUGUCACCAGAUCGUACGACGGCGACGUAUUAGAGCCAUUGUAGGUGGGAGAAAAAAAGCACAUUUUGGCAAAACACUCUGGAGAUUUCCUAGAAAAUAAAUAAACUUUUCUCUGUUAAACUCAAAAUUCCUGAGUUUUUUUCAUGUGAACUUUUGACACUCAAAUGUCCAAGUUCUUUCGUUAAUCUGCAAAGGCUCUAAUGCACCGUCGUAAUAUCGCGACCAGCAAAUCCUGGUUCUUUUUGUUUUAACUGUGUGCCACAAGUGAGUGUUAACUCAUCAAGGGAACCACUAACUCAGUCAGAAUAAGCAGCCUUUAGCUCAGAGUGGAUGUCCUGUUCGAGCUUCCAGAAUGUACUAUUUGAACGAUUCAUGUUUUCGUAGACCGCUGAAAUGUAUUGGUGGGAAGGAUUCACUCGGGACUGCAGGAGGACGGUCCAACGGACGCUCUGUGAAGAAGGUUCGAGGAAAUGAAGUAUUGCUGUUGUUAGUACUGUCUGGUUUCAGGGAGUGUGUGUGUGUGCGUAUGCGUGCGUGCGUGUGUGUGCCAAGUCGAAGAUAGUGUCGUUUCUGUUCUGAUUUGUUUCUGCCAAAUUAAUAAAGAGAAGGGAAAACCGA